AUGUUUUACGGCAUUCAAGAAAUUGCCGAUCUACUUUCCUCCUUCCAUUCAAGGUCGCUACUGACUCCACCCGAGGCCAACAAGCUAACACUGACCCUGUUGGAGUGUCUCACGGAGAACUAUACCGAUAUCACUACAUUACGCUUCCUGAGCCGGUUCCUUACAAAGGACGCGUACAGAGAACUGACCAAAGAACGCAUAAUAACACAUACAUGUGGGUAUCCUACGUGUAGCAAACACUCCGCCAAGAUAAAAGACCGGCACUACACAAAUCACCUAGAGUUGCCCAACACUUUCACCAAUUCAUAUUGCUCCCGGUUCCACUACCAGUGCUCGGAGUUUUACUUGAACCAAUUGUCCAACGAAGCGUUAUUUGGGCGUAAGGAUGUAAUGACAUUACCCUACAAUGAUGAGAGAUCCUAUGAAAGCAAGAUGAUAAUGUUGGAGGACAUCAUCUCGAACCCAAAUGUUGUGGAUAGUGAUAAGAUGGACGAUAUGAUAAGGUCCAUGGGCGAUAUCAACAUCAAGGAUGAUAAGAAGGUGAGUCCGGAAGACUGGAUGGAGAUGUUCGAAGACAUCAAAAUUGUGGAGAAUCAAGAUCCCAAGAAAGAGGGUGAUUUUGAGCAAACUGAGGACAACAAGGAUUCUAUAAGUGGAGAGGGAAAAGAAAAUCCUAGAAACAUUAACAAUCCUUUGAACAUAGAGGGCUACACGACUACAAUUAAAAACUGA